GGAAAAUGGCGUCUUCCUCCCACCAUCCCUCUGCUCUCAGCAUCUUCUUCUUCUUCUCCUCCUCCUUUUUCAAACCUUCUCCACUUAUUUAUGCUCCCCACCUUCUCCCAACAGUCUCUCCAACUCACUAUCUUCUUCUUCUUCUUCUUCUAGGACUGCCACCUUUCCUACUGUUCCUUUAUUCUCGAGCUCCAGCUUUUCUCUGCUGUUUCGUCACCUCUCCCCUUCUCUGUCGACGCAGUAAACGAGCCUUCUGCUAGCGGAAAGCUCACUAACUUUAAGCUGCUGUCGGAUUCGUCAUGGAGCAUUUCAAUUAUGAAUGAUUGGUGCUCGAGAAGAUCCACGGAAACAAUUUACGCGACGAUUCAUCGCGCGUCCCGUCCUUUCUUCGCGGUGAUUUUGUGGACUAUUUCAAUUUCGAUCACAGCGAGGGAAACGAAUCCCAGGACCUCUACAACUUCUCGGUGUUCGGCUCGAAAAUGGUGGUUUCUGAGCAGGGAGUGGUGGUUCCGAGCGAUCAAGUGUUUGUACUUGACGAUCUUUGGGAAGAGUCCCGCGGUUCCGUGAGUAUCGACACGGAAUCGCAAGUCAUUGACUCCAAAAUGAAUAAAUCGGAAGAUUCCUGUCAACAAUCUUGCACUCUGGAGGAAUAUUCUAGCCCGGGAUUGAGAAUCGUCGACCUGAAAGCGGAGGAUUUCGAUAUUCCUUUCGACAUUGAUCAAUUUCUCGCCAUUUCUGUCCUCGAGUCCCCGAUCAGCCAUCAAAAGAUCGAUUUCCCGAACACCUUUGUCUCCGAUACUCACCGAUUCAACGAUGGAAGGUCGACGAUCCUGGAACAAAAAACGGCCACUGCUCCUCCCCAUGGUGCAGUCCACCGCAGCCAGCCUCCAGUACCGCGAAAUGUAGAGCUUCCGGCACGGGACGUAGGUGGAGAAGAGGAGCCUGAGAGGCAUUUCCGAGGAGUGAGACGACGGUCUUGGGGGAAGUUCGCGGCAGAAAUCCGCGACCCACUGAAGAACGGCGCAAGAGUUUGGUUGGGAACGUUCGACACAGCGGCUGAGGCCGCUCGGGCUUACGACCGGGCGGCCUUUGAGAUGAGGGGGCGCAAGGCCAUCCUCAACUUCCCGCUCGAGGCCGGUCGUCUCGGGUCGCUGAGCGAGAGCCGUGUCUGCCGGAAGAGGAAGAAUGGCGGGACGGAUGCGGCUGACGCCGACCAGGUGGCAAGGAAGAAGGAACGCUGCUCGCCGGAAACCGGCAAGGAGGAAAUCCUCAACGCUUCUUCGUUAUCUCCGUCACGGUCUUGCACCCAUUGUUGGGAUAUUGACAACAGCUUCUAGUAAGCUAGAGAGGGAUCAUGCAACGGACAAACAGAUGUUCCGUCAGUCGGAUAUCUAAGAUGUUCAAAAAAAAAAAAAAAAAAAUGAUGAUCAUAUCGGUUCCUCGCAGAGGCGUGAUAGAGAUGUAUAACACAAUUCUUUGAUUUAAUUAAAUCUUUUAUUGCUUCGA